AUUCAAAUGUCCCUCUUGAAAAUGAACAGUGACUUAAUGUGCCAAGCUGUUGACCUUUUUCAAUUAAUUUUGAGAUUCACUAAUGCUGAUGGUGUGGGUCAAGUUAGUUCAGAAGAAGAAAUCAGCAUUGUUACUAAGAUCUAUGAAUAUUCCAUGAAAUGCCCAGAAUUAAAAGAUGAGCUAUUUGUGCAAAUAAUGAAGCAAACACACAACAAUCCAGAAAGGACUUCUUUAUGUAAAACAUGGAAGCUUAUAUACCUGUGUGCAUCAGCAAUGUGUCCCGGAACUGAAAUUGCUUCCAUUUUUCUAGAUUAUAUUCAUGAUGUUGUCAAAGCAUGGGAAAAUGACUGUGAAAUGCAUACAGUGGUUUUGACAGCAAGAAAUUCGCUUGAGCGCUCUGUGAAAAUUGGUCCAAGGAAGUUCAUUCCAUCUAGAGAAGAGUUAGAAGCUAUUUUGGUUGGAAGGAAGCUUAAAACAAUUGUUUUCUUUCUCGAUGAAACUUAUGAAGAUAUUACUUAUGAUUUAACCACUACUAUUGUUGAAGCAGUGCAGGAACUUGCUGGAAUUAUCAAGUUGUCUGCCUAUACAACAUUUGGUCUUUUUGAAUGUCGAAAGAUGGCAGGAGUUCCAAAAAGUGGGAAGCUUGAGGCUGAAGAAUACUUUAUCUUGGAUAAAAAUAAGUAUGUGGGAGAUAUCUUGGCUGGAUUUAACGCAGCUAAAGAACAAAGAAAAACUGAAAACCCUCAGUUUAAGUUGGUCUUCAAAAAAAGCUUAUUUUGUGAUCUUGAUGAUUCCAUCACAGAACCUACAUUUGUGAAGCUUACAUAUAUCCAGUCACAACAUGACUACUUGAUUGGUAAUUAUCCUGUUGAAAGAGAUGAUGGGGUACAACUAGCAGCAUUACAAAUUUUGGUUGAAAUUGGCCAUGUUGAGAAUCAUGAAUCACUUCCAGAUUUUUCUGCACUGGUUGAGCAUUACCUACCAAGGGAGCUGGCAUCAUCAAGGGCCAAAACGGAGUGGGAAGCAGAUGUCAUAGCACACUACUAUACUAUUGUACAUUUAUCCAAAGAUGAAGCAAGGCAAAAAGCAUUGUGCAUUCUCCAUACCUUGCCCUAUGGAAAUUCUGUAUUUUAUAGUGUGAGAAAAUUGGAGGAUCCCAUUGGGUUAUUGCCGGGACAAGUUAUUCUUGGAAUCAACAAGAGAGGGGUGCAUUUCUUUCGUCCUGUUCCAAAAGAAUACUUGUAUUCUGCAGAACUUCGUGACAUUGUGCAAUUUGGAAGUAAUGAUGCUGUAGUUUUCUUCAAAACAAGAGUUUCAGGAAAACUGUACAUUUUCAAAUUCAAGACAAAACAGAUAAUAGAGGAUAUGCGAUUGAAGGAGAAAAGAGAAAGGGAAUUAAAAGAAGAACUACAUGGUCUCAAAGAUAGUUUGCAAUCAGAGAAGAAGAAACGUAUGGACAUUAUCAAUGAAAGAGAAAAUUUGAGGAGGUUAUUGGAAGAGAGAGAAUCUGAGCUUCAGACUGUCCUGGUCAAUGCAAGAAAAGUAAACCUUUCUUCUGAUUCCAAUCAAACAACAGUUCUGCAGGAACAAGACAAAACUGUACGUAUUCAGAACCUUGAGGCUCAGGUAGAGAUUUUGCGGACUGAAAUAAGAGAUAAAUCAGACAAGCUGAGAAGUAGGGAAGAGAACUGUAAGAGUCUGACAAGUGAGAAACAGCUACUUGAGCAAAAAAAAUUUAGGAUUGAAGAAAAUAAGGCUGAUGAGAUCAAACGCCUUGAAGCCAUUUUUGAGCAAGAGAGACAAGCACUUUGUAAUUGUGCUGCUGAGUUAGAAAAGACAGUUACAGAACGCACAGAGGAAUUGAGUAUGGCUAAAUCUACUAUUGCUUUGCGUACAUCUGAACUUGAAGCAUUACAGGAGACCAUGAAGGAAUUAGAGGAACUGCGUGAUUUCAAGGAGGACGUUGAUAAGAAAGUUAUGCAAACUGCUGUAAUCUUGAAACAGCAAGCAGACAAAAUAACGGCUCUUGAAAAAAUCUAUAAAGAUGAGCUGAUUCUCCGCAAGAAAUAUUUCAACCAGAUGGAAGAUAUGAAAGGAAAGAUUAGAGUUUAUGCCAGAUGGAGAUCUUUGAAUAAGAAAGAGAUUAAUGAGAAUCAGAAGAUGGUUUUGACUGCAAUUGAUGAAUUUACCUUGCAGCAUCCCUGGAAGGAUGACAAACCUAAAGUAUUUAAUUUUGACCGUGUUUUUGAUGAUACAGUUUCGCAAGAGUCUGUCUUUAAAGACACCAAGUAUCUGGUACAAUCAGCAGUUGAUGGUUACAAUGUAUGUUUAUUUGCAUAUGGACAAACUGGAUCUGGAAAGACAUUUACAAUUUAUGGAUCAGAAGACGAUCCUGGAUUGACCCCUAGAGCUAUGCAAGAAUUAUUUGAUCUCAUGAAAAGAGAUUCAAAGAAAUUUGCUUUCUCAAUAAAGGUGUACAUGCUGGAACUUUAUCUGGAUGUUUUGGUGGAUUUGCUUGCAUUGAAAAACAAAAAACCGCUCAAGCUUGAGAUUAAGAGGGAUAUGAAGGGAAUGGUAACCGUUGAAAAUGCUACGUUCCUUACGGUUAAUAGUUUAGAAGAGAUGGAGUCUCUCAUUGUGAGAGGUCAAGAGAGACGGCAUGUAGCUGAAACCAAUAUGAAUGAAGAAAGUUCCAGAUCCCAUUUGAUUCUUUCUGUAGUCAUCGAUUCAACCAAUCUGCAAACCCAAUUUCAGACUAAAGGAAAGCUGAGUUUUGUGGACUUAGCUGGGUCUGAGAGGGUGAAAAAAUCUGGAGUAAGUGGGGAUGGAAUGAAAGAGGCUCAAAGCAUCAACAAAUCUCUCUCUGCUUUGGGUGAUGUUAUCAGUGCUUUGGCUGGGGAGGUGCAACAUAUACCUUAUAGAAAUCACAAGCUCACCAUGCUUAUGAGCGAUUCAUUAGGAGGCAAUGCAAAGACACUCAUGUUUGUCAAUAUAUCUCCCGCUGAGUCAAAUUUGGAGGAGACGUAUAAUUCCUUAACCUAUGCAUCCCGUGUAAAAUGCAUUCAAAAUUAUGCCUUCAAAAAUAUGACUUCGUCAAAGGAGGUUGCCAAGCUGAAGAAAAUUAUCCAGCAAAUGGUUCUCGAUUAUAAAGGAAAGAAGAUUGACGAUGUAUUGGAAGAUGUUCAGGAUAACUGCUCCCUGGAUUAGGAUUCUCAGAGCUCAUUCUUAUUGAUAUUGCCAUUAUCAGUAUCUCUAUGCGACAUUGCGAAGUAUUUCAUUAUGUAAUUGUAUUGUAAGACAAGAAAUUCAUGCUUUAUAUACCAAUCAUCCAUUACAAGCCAUGUUGUUAUAGCAGUGGUCGGUGCAAUUAUUUCAUGA